CCCGUCGGUCCACCCUGCCUUCACGCACCUGUCCGAUCUUUUCCCACCGGGAUCCGUGUUCCUCUCAGGGUUCGGCGAUCUUUUCCUUAUCUGACUCGGAGCGGCUUCACGGAGCUUCUGCUGCCAGGCAAGGAUGUCGGAACUUUCCGUGAAUGACCAUCUCGAAGGGAUUUUAUCCGAUUUUGAAGCACUGAAGAGAUCCUUCGACAUUGAAGAUGUGGAUGACAUACCAUCCUUCUCUUCAGCUUCACCCAUCUCCACCCCUGUUUCUCCCUCUUCCUCCCAUUUCUUCCUCCACCACAACAAAGCCAGUGAGGAGCUGGGAGGAGGUGGCCAGUCCCCUUCAUUAGCCUAUAACAACAACAACAACAGCCUGGGCUCCACAGCCCACCACUCUCGCAUCAGCCUCAGUUCCAUUCCCAGCCCAGUGCUCAAGUCCUGUGGGGUAGUCAGCAGCCGGUCCUUCAACCGAGGAACCAUGAACAAGUCGGCAAUCCACAACAAUGGCUCCGCCGUGACCAGAGCUGCAUCCUUCCAGAGCAGGUUAAACCCCAACGGUUACUCUAUUUUGUCUGGGCCAGGCAGUGACAACGACAGCCUUCACAGCUCCACGUCCAGCCUGGAGUACUCUGGGGGAGGUGGGAGUGCCCUCCCUCUUACUAAGCUGGGGUCAUAUCUCAGCCCUCCACCUCUUGGCGAGUACCACCGAACCCAGCCCCAGCUCCCACAACAGCACCGAGAGGGAGGUGCCAACUUAGGAAACAACCCUUACUUAAAGAAGUUUUCUUCCCAUGGGAGUGUUUUCCACUCCGAGAUGGACCAGGGGCCAGGGAUUAUGCACGAUGUACCAGAGCAUCAGGGGCUGAACCAUGGCUCCAUGCCCAGCCUAGACCUCCAAAGUUGUAAUGGAGGGGGAGGAAUGGUCAGUAUGCAAAGAGGUGGAGGUGGAGGCAGGAUGUCUCCGGCGUUAAGGUAUGCCAAUGCUAAUGCAAACUGGAAUGGUCGUCUUCAUAAUGCCAGUUCCUUUGGGGAGGAGGGCUACUGUGGCCCCAAAAAACACUACCAACCGCUAGGGGCCCAGGUCCUGAAGGCUCCCCAGCCCAAGGCCAAAGAGACUUCACGUCUCAACAAGUUUCCCUUGGAUCUGGACAGCUUGGUCGGCAGCACCUCAACCACUUCUCCUACCAAGACUCAAGGAGAAUCCCCAAGCCCCAACCCCCCCAAGCCUCCACCAAGGACCACAGGAGGCCUCCAACACCACACCAGUCAACCAUCCACCUCGGCCAGUCCUUCAGCCUCUCUAAGCAGCCUGGACGGUGCCUCCGACACCCCUCCCCCCUCCCUCCACCAUCCCUUUUUGCCUUUCUCCCCACGUUCUGUAACUCUUUUGCAGGGUUCCAUCCCUGUCACAGAGAUGAUUUGUUCCCCAGUGCCCCUUUCUCCUGCCCAGAGCCCCCAGAAGAAGAUUAUCUCAGGAACCCAAGUUGUUAAGAUGGUCCCCAACCUACCUAACCCUUCUAGCCCCUCCAGCCCCAGAGCCUUUUGGUCUGUGGAGGAUAGCCUCGGUGAUGCCAGAGAUAGUGUAGGCUCAAUCUUACAGAGGAUUGCUUCCUUCUCCCAGCAUGCUGUUACUGAUACCACCCCAGCAUCUAUGACCCAGUCCCCUACAGCCCAAGGCAAUGGUGGGUUGUCAUCUGAAUUUGGGUGCCCAGCUGAGACCAUGCCUAUGCCCACAUGGAAAGAAGGGAAGAAGAAACAAAAAGAAAGUGCUGCAGAGCUGGAGACGGACCUGCACCGCCCAAUGGAGGAGAGAGAGGAGAAGGAGAGAAGCAUCAGGGGACAAGAGCAAGAAGACCAGGGCAAGUGCCAAGAACAACCGGCCAGCAUGAAUACCCAGAAUCCUAUGACAGAAAAAGAGGAGAAGGGAAUGGAGGAGGGAGAAAUGAAGAAAGAGAUGGAGGUGGAGGUGGAGAUGGAGCUGGAGGCAGAGGUGAAGGUGGAGCUGUGCCCGUCUCUGCCAGGCCUGCAGAUGAGCUUCAUCCGAGGCACUGACCUGUUUGGCUACGUGGGCAUUGAGGCGGUGCUGGACCAGAUGAGGCGCAAGACCAUGAAGGCCGGCCUUGAGUUCAACAUCAUGGUGGUUGGUCAGAGCGGUUUGGGUAAGUCCACGCUGGUCAACACUCUGUUCAAGUCCAAAGUCAGCCGGAAGUCCUGCACGCCUAACUACGAAGAGAAGAUCUCCAAAACAGUCAAGCUGCAUUCAGUCAGCCACGUGAUUGAGGAGAAGGGGGUGAAGAUGAAGCUGACAGUGAUCGACACCCCAGGAUUUGGAGACCAAAUCAACAACGACAACUGCUGGGAACCCAUAGUGAAGCACGUCAACGAGCAGUACGAGAAAUACCUGAGAGAGGAGCUUCAUAUCAACCGCAAGAGGAGAAUCCCAGACAGCAGAAUCCACUGCUGCAUCUACUUCCUCCCUGCCACCGGACACAGGCUACGCCCCAUCGAUGUUGAGUUCAUGAAGAGGUUGGGGAAGAUAGUGAGCAUCGUACCUGUCAUCGCCAAAGCCGACACACUCACCAUUGAGGAGAGACAGGAGUUCAAAGAGAGGAUAAGGCAAGACUUGGCAGCCAAUGGGAUUCGUGUUUACCCCCAGAAAGAGUAUGAUGAGGAUCCCGAAGAACGCAUCAUCAACGACAGAAUCAGGGAAAGUAUUCCCUUUGCUGUGGUGGGAACAGACAAGGAGCACCAGGUGAAUGGAAACAAGGUGUUGGGUCGUAAAACAAAGUGGGGAAUCAUUGAAGUUGAAAACGUGGCGCACUGUGAGUUUGCCAACCUGAGAGAUCUACUCAUCAGGUCUCACUUGCAGGACCUGAAAGACGUAACACACGACAUCCACUAUGAAACCUACCGUGUACGACGGCUCAAUGAGAGCAACAUGAACUUCAGUGAACUGGGACUGUCCACCUGGCCACUGGAGAACGGAUGUGCUGACAAGUGUGAAUCAGACAGCCACCUCUGAUCUCUCCAUCAGCCUCCUCCUUCCUGCUCCUGCUCCUACUCACAUUAAGGGAUGUAAAAAAAGAAAGCUAUAAUUUUUUUUCCUCAAGUAAAAACCAAGAUGGAGAAUUUUAUUUUUUUUCUUAUAGUUUUUCCGUUUGUUUUUUUCAGUAUGGGACAAACUAGUGGAUUGUUUUUAAAUGAGAAAUCAAGUUACAAUACAUAAGAAAUGCAUCAAAUAUGGAAAUAUGUGAGCUCAUAUAUAUUUUUCUGGAAGGAUGGUGACAUAUACGGGGAGUAGGAGAGCAGGCAGCAUAAUGAGAGGAACAUAUACAAUUAUCACAAUGGUGUCUAAGCAUCUUGGUAUCGGCUAUAUAAAUAGUACUCUUUAUGGACAGAAGUAUGUGGACAGCCCAUUCCUUUCACCCAACAUCAGUGUUGGACCUCACUAAUCCUCUUGUGUCUGAAUGGGAUCAAUCCCCUCCAGCAGCCAGGUCCAACAUCUGGUGGAAGGACCGAAACCAGAGUGAAAUGUUCGGGUGUCCUCAUACUUUCUAUAGAUGUCCACAAAUAUUUGUCAAUGCAGUGUGUCAUUCUUGCUUAGGUCAUAUGUGUUCUAAUGUGAUUCAAAGUAGAAAAUUGAAGAUGCCGUUUAUGUGUUGAAAGUUUUUGACAAACACAAAUGUCCACAUUUAAGUGCCAAAACAAAAAGAAAAUGUCCAUCCAUCUCUUUUACUAAAAUGUUUUGAAGUAAUUGGCUUCUGUUUAUUACUUGACUUCAGCAUAACAUCUACCAGCUGAAGGUGUGCUCAUUGAUCAUGAUCAAGGCUCUUUUUAACAUUUCACUGAGCAAGAUCAGGUUAGGGAUAGGAUAAUACAUUUGAAUUAUAAACUAGAGUUAUUAGUGGAUUUUAUCCUGUUACCAUCUAAGAACUGCAGCUUAGGCAUCCGGUUCCCAAUUAAAACAUUGGGCAUUAAUAGAAAUAAUGUAUAUAUUUCCAUUUCAUUUCAACAAUUUUGACUUGACAGAUUUAUUAUUCUUUAUUUUAAUUUUGUUAGAGGCUACUGCACUGCACCUGUUGCAUUAUGAUCCAAUGCAAGAUUCAAAGUAUUAUUUUUGAUGUGGUUGGUCUUGGGAAACCAAUUUAUGCUUUUAGAAUUCAGCCAAUAUAACAUUUGAAAAUGGUUUUGUACAAGACGUUUGAAAUGCACUUCCAGCAUAGUAGUCACUCAUGUCUAAAUCCAACCUUCCUGCCUAAACACAUCAAAUAUAGCAAUAAUGCACAGCAAUAUAAAAAAUAUUAUAGGAACCAUCUUGACAGCUUGUGCUGCUUGCAUUAAUGAAAACAAAGGAUUGUGUGGAUGAGACGCAACAGUUAUAAUAAUGAUAAUAAUAAACCUCCGUGGCGUAGGGGUGCACUGGGCCCUCUGCUCUGAACUGUGGGAGAAGUCUGGUUUAAGAUAAUCGUCGGUGCCAUAAUCCCCGUUUGUACAGUUAAUCACAUCUGGCCUCUGUCUGUGUAGACAUGCUUUUAACUGUUCAGAACAGACAGAAAUACUCUGCCUUAAAUGUGGUCAGAUGACAAGUGGCUGAACUAUUUGCCUUCCCACUCUACAUGUGACCCUUUUAAGAGUAUCAGAAGUGUUUCACUGCCUCUCGGAUUGACAGUUUGAAGUGUGUUGUAUCUCUGAGCAAAGCUGCUGGCAGUGGUUGGGUUUGCUCAGAUAUGACAUUUUGUACUGACUAGUAAAUUACUAGAGGUUCAAAAAAAGUUGAAAGGGCCAAAUGGAGGAAAAGUGCAUUUACAAAUGUAUUCACAUUAGUGGGAGAACAGUCUUCAUUGUCACUUCACUUUAAUUAAGUUUGGUCAGCAUCAGUGUUCUCUAGAAAAUUGGAAUUUUGCUGUAGGCAAUCACCCAUUUUAAAUAUUAUCAGCUGAUUCAAUGGCCGUUAUCAGUGGUUAUCUCUACCAUUCUCAUGCUUCAGAUGGGCCAAACUGAACCUACCACGUUGUCAAAGUGAAAGUUAGCAUUGUGGAUUGAAACAAAACAACUGUAGGCAAGGCACAGAACUAUCUGGUUAGGUUUGGGAAAUGAUCGUGGUUUGGGUUAAAUAAGUACGUAUUACAUAACUUGAGAUAGUUGUCGAUAGUAAGUACGUACAUUACAUAACACGUACGGUAAAAUAAGUCAAGAUUUUACUUUUGGUUUCACACUGAAUGUGAACAGCGAUCUCCUGGGUGAAAGUCCUGUUUGUAUGUCCCAUCCAACCACCUCGUCGUCCUUCUAACAUGAACUAUGUCGCUCUCCAUAAUAAGUCACCUGACUUCCUCCUUUGCUGAAGUCAUAGUUACUAUGUUUCUGCAUGUAUUAUGCAGAUACUCCAAAGAUAAAACAUUUUUAAAGAUUGUAUUCAAGGAAGGAUUUCAAGCAUGUCUUUCUGUUAUGCAUUGUACAUUCAUAAAGGCUACCAGUGAUCUACUAGUGGCCACUGAGCAGCUGGAGCUAUAUUGUAUGAAAAAGGUAUGAAGUUUGACCAUCUGUGCCUUGGUUUUGCCAUCAUGUGUGAUGAAAAUAAAAUUUUCCUUGAUGGCUCCAUCACAGCCCGUUGAGACAGAAGGAUGCAGCUUAACAACAGCGUGUGUGUAAUGUUGACUUAGACAGCUUUUAGAGUCCAGUUUGACCCAGUUUAUUAAGGCCUUUUACAGACCGCCAGCUCAAAAGCAUUUUCAUGAGUGUAGCCAGAUUUAUUUAAGAAAGUUUGGACAGCAUAACAUAACAUGAAAUUAAUUUUUAGCAAAUCUAUUCCAAAGCACCUUUUAAUAGAUUUCAAUCUUUCUGUGUACAGACGUCGAGUUAAAUUGUCUGCUGGCACCUUCACUUUUAAACUGCUUUGACUUUCUGCUGCUUCCCCGUCGCAAUGCAACAAGCCGUUUCCUGCACUGUGAUUUGACAGCGUGAUCGUUUCAAAGUCAAAUGUUUCUGCGUUGAAAAGCAGCAUCACCAGUGUAGCCCAGCAGCUAAUGGGCAGUUUAGAUGAAAUAAGGCAAAUAUAGAUUUGGGUCUUGGGUUUGGUUCUGAAAUUUGGCAGCACAGUCAGGUUCAGUCAGUUUGGGUCUUGAAGGUGCUGGCGUGGACUGGGUUCAGGUCUCACUUUUAUGCCUGUGCAAACCUUGAUUCUGUUCCUAUUAACUUUACAGCUAGAUAGCUAUCAUGACCAAGACAUAACCUUUGAGAGAACUUGAGAGUUUCUCUGGGGGAGAAAAAAACAUGUAAUAUGUAAUCAUUUAUCUAAAUAAACCCACAUAUACUGCACAUAUUCAUUUUAUUUGGUACACCUAUACUUCUUCUACUGUGACAUGAAAACGGUCUGAGUGCUACUCAUGUAGCAGGAUUACACCUGAUUUGAUUUAAUCGAUGGUUAUUGUUCAGAUGGUAAAGCAUGUUCAGCUGUCCUUCCAUGGAUAAAUGAAGAUGAGUAGACUCCUUUCUGUUACUUUGUUGCAUAAUAUUGAGUGAGCGUAGGCUCCAUGGUAAUAUUUUAGCAGAAACAGUGUGAAGUAAUAGUGGAAAUUAUUAUGAAUACUUGAACAUAAUCAGUCUUAGCACUGGUCUCACAUGAUUUUGUCGCUACAUCUUCCUUUUUUCAAAGUAAUGGCUGAACUAACUGGUUUCAAAAUGUAAUUUUCCCUCUGAAGCCACCAAUCCUCCCCAGUGACCCCAAACCCUCCACAGUCCAAAUCCCUUUGACUCUGAUCCCAUGCAGCAGGUCAGACAGUCCCUGUUUCUCUGCUCUGUAUCCUGAUCCUCUGUGUCAACCUCCCUCCUUGUAUUUUAUACUCAGCAUGUACUAAUAGUUUCUGUAUGAUUAAUGUCUUUGUUUUUUAUAGUAUUGAUGAUACACAUGUUAACACUUGAUUUACAAUUAAAUACUUGUCACCUUGUCAA